AUGUCUGGCAUACACGAAGACGGCGUGCGCGGGGGAAGUAUUAUCAAAGACAUUGGUAGCGACGACGACUGGCAGCCCACGGUGAUCGAGAGCCUGUGUAUGAACUGCAUGCAAAACGGCACCACCAAACUGCUCCUCACCAGAGUCCCAUUCUUCAAAGAAAUCAUCGUAAGUUCUUUCAGCUGCGAUCACUGUCAUUGGUCCAACACAGAGAUUCAAUCCGCGGGAGAGAUCCAGGAGCAGGGCGUUACCUACACGCUGAAGAUCAAAACUAAAGAAGACUUGGACCGGGAGGUGGUCAAAUCUGACAGUGCAACAACUAGAAUCCCUGAGCUGGAGUUUGAGAUCCCUCCUUUCACGCAAAAGGGAUCAUUGUCAACUAUUGAGGGGCUGCUGGACAGAGCUGUGGAGGGGUUGGAGCAGGAUCAGCCAGCCAGGAGGGAAGCUGACCCAGAAUUGGCCACCAGUAUCGAUGGGUUUAUCAAAAAGCUACAGAAUUUAAAACACGUUGAGGAGGAAUUUACAUUGGUGAUAGAAGAUUCAUCAGGGAACAGUUUCGUGGAGAAUCCUGCGGCCCCCAAGAAAGAUGAGGCUCUGACUGUGACCAAGUUCAAGAGGACGAUCCAGCAAGACAUUCAGCUGGGGAUCCGAGCCGACGAUGACACAGAGGUGGAUGAAGAAGAGCCAGCUGAGAAUGUCGUAGAGGCAAUGAAAAAUGAGGUUUUGGUCUUCGACACCAAUUGCUCCCAGUGCUGUAAACCAGCUAAAACCAACAUGAAACUUGUCGAUAUCCCGCAUUUUAAAGAGGUCAUAAUUAUGGCGACUGUCUGUGACAUCUGUGGGCACCGGACGAAUGAGGUCAAGUCCAGUGGAGCAACCGAGAAGCUGGGAACUAAGAUCACCCUCCACAUCACGGAUGCUUCAGACAUGAGCCGAGACGUCCUCAAGUCCGAGACCUGCGGCGUACUCAUCCCUGAGCUGGAUUUUGAGCUGGGCAUGGCAGCGGUGGGAGGGAAGUUCACCACGCUGGAGGGGCUGCUUAAAGACAUCAAAGAUCUCAUUGUGGACAAGAAUCCCUUCAUCUCAGGAGACAGCGGCGCAUCCGAUACCCUGGCGAAGCUCAGAGAGUUUGGGAAGAAAAUUGACAUGGUGAUGGCAGCCGAAAUGGAUGUUCACAUAGUUUUGGACGACCCAGCGGGGAACAGCUACCUGCAGAAUGUGUACGCCCCGGAUCCAGACCCCGAAAUUACUAUCGAGAAAUACACGCGCACGUUUGAGCAAAAUGAGGAUCUUGGAUUGAAUGAUAUGAAAACGGAGGGAUAUGAAAAAGACGACAAAUUGGUCAAAACGACUUAA